GCUCAUCCCGCGCUCUCUUCCGCCGGCGGAGCGCGACUCUCCGCCUCCGACGCCGGUGUCUUCCGCGGAGGAAGCGGCCGUCGAGAGGCGGCCGUUCUUACCGAGAGUUUUUUCGUCGAACGAAGCAGUAGCAGGAGGCGGCGGCCGGCGAUCUCCUCCGGAGUCUCUCGCCGGAACUCGUUCCGUCGAGACGUCGGCCACGCGGCGGCGGAGACGUUUCUGCUCACUAGGCUCACCUUGAUCCUUCUCAGAUAUUUAGGGGUAGGCUAUAGAUGGAUCACAAAGUUUCUUGCUCUUGCCUGUUAUGCGAUGUUGCUUAUGCCAGGGUUUCUACAGGUUGGAUAUUACUAUUUCUUCUCAAGUCAAGUGCGGAGAAGUGUAGUUUAUGGAGAGCAACCAAGAAAUCGUUUGGACCUGUAUUUGCCAACGGAUACUUCUGGCCGAAAACCAGUUGUGGCAUUUGUAACCGGUGGAGCCUGGAUUAUAGGUUAUAAAGCAUGGGGUGCUCUUCUGGGAAAGAGGCUGUCGGAAAGAGGAAUCAUAGUGGCAUGCAUAGAUUACAGAAACUUUCCUCAAGGGACCAUCAGUGAUAUGGUAAAAGAUGCUUCUGAAGGAAUUUCAUUUGUGUGCAAUAAUAUUGCCAGCUUUGGAGGUGAUCCUAACAGGAUCUAUUUAGCUGGACAGUCAGCAGGCGCACAUAUAGCUGCUUGCACUCUCUUGAAUCAGGCAAUUAAAGAAUGUGGAGAAAGGGAGAACACUACUUGGAGUGUCUCUCAGAUAAAGGCGUAUUUCGGCCUAUCUGGUGGGUAUAAUAUGCUUAAAUUGGUUGAUCACUUCCAUGGACGUGGACUAUACCGUUCAAUCUUCCUCAGCAUAAUGGAAGGAGAGGAAGGAUUAAAGAAAUUUUCUCCUGAAAUUGUUGUACAGGACUUGAGGGUUAGACAUGCAGCUUCUCUACUGCCUCAGAUUAUUCUUUUCCAUGGAACAAGUGAUUAUUCAAUACCAUCAGAUGCCAGUAAAAAUUUUGCAGAUGCCCUUCAGAGUGUGGGUGCCCAAGUUACCUUAGUCCUAUAUGAAGGGAAAACUCACACGGAUAUAUUUCUUCAGGACCCUCUGCGAGGUGGUAGAGAUGAGUUAAUGGAAUAUAUAGUUGCAUUUAUCUAUGCUGGUGAUGCUAUUUCAAGUGCGAAAGAUGCUGUAGCCCCUCCAGCACGCCGACUUGUUCCUGAGUUCAUGUUGCAGUUGGCUCGCAGGAUAAGCCCCUUUUGAUCAUUGUAGGCCUAUUGUCAAGGUGGAAAUUUGCAAGCACGACGACAUAUUCAUUUUGGCACUCAUCUUCCUGAAUGGUGGAAAAAAUUAAGAAAGUAACGGCAUAUCUUUUCAUAAAUUCCACGAGAACCAUCCAGUAGCUUAAUUUAUCGACGUCGUACAUGAUUCUGUAACUUUCCAUAUAGAGAUGGUGCUGACUGCUGAAUGCUAAAGGAGUCCAGAAUCCAGUUUAAAUUUCCAACUGAAAGGUUUCCAACUAGUGAUAUAAUGUCCAGAACUGUGGUUCUAUCUCCUUUCCACUUUGUUGUAAUCCAUUUAUUCUUCAAAAUUUUCAGCCUUAUCAUAAGCAGGUAAACUUUGUAAAAAUAACACAUUUCUCUGUGCUUUGUUACUUUUUUGUUGAGGUGAUGCACGAAGUGAGCUGUCACCUAAUUUUGAAAAGAAAAUGCAGUUCCUUGUUAUUAA